AGUAGAUUAGAAAUGAUUACUUUUAAUAUAAUAAAAAUAAAAAUCAAUUAUAAUUCGAAAAGAAUUAAUUAUAAAAAUUAUAUAAUAUUUACUUGGCAUCUAAAAAUAUAUCAGUGAUACCUCACUCAUCAUAUUUACCUGACUUAUCUCCCUGUGAUUAUUUUUUGUUUCCAAGACUAUAAAGUACCCUCAAAGGCCAAAGACUCAAGGACGUCAACGAAACUAUCCAGAACGCAACAUAAGAGCUAAAAGCUAUUACUAUGUAGGACAUACAAAGGUGAUUCAAAAAGUGGCAAUACCGUUGGGAGCAUUGUAUUGAAGCUAAAGGACACUAUUUUGAAGAUGAUCCAUUUAAAUUAAUUUGUUGUGUUAAAAGUAUUUGAUGUUCUAUGAUAUGAAACAGAAAAUGUUGGACAAGAGUGUGGCAGAUAUUGGAGCACAUGGAUUGAAACGAGGACAGGAGCAGAGGAAAUGAGAUUUGGUCGUAUAAUAAUUUGUACAUAAAGAAAUUAUCGAGAAUACGUCUUUUUACAAGAGCAUCAAGAUUCAAGUCAUAAUUUUUUUAAAUUGCAAUCGUGUUUUGAUCUCUAAAUAUACAUUUAAAAUUUGUAUUUGGUGAUAAUAGGGAUAAAUGUACUCAAAUUAAUUCACUAACUGGUUAAUGGGUAUCAAAGGAAAAACAUUCCGUUUACUCAUGUAUCCUUCAAAACAUUAUUGUUCUUUAUUAUUAUACAAAGUUAUUCACUUUUCAUGAAUGUUAGGAUAAUGUGAUGUUAAUUCUAUUUUUUACAACUUUAAAUUUAAUCCAAAAAUGACAAGCAAACCGAAAUCUUAUGAGAAUGAACUCGUAAAGGACACAAUAUUAAAUAAACCUGAAAUAACUGUAGCUUCAUCGGUUUGCAGCGUAAACAAUAAGCCGAAGAAUAUCAUAUGUAGUAAGCUUAUUGCUAAAUGCAUUAGUUUCAAUAACGCUGUGAGAAUGAAUGACUUUUUAAUACCAGAAACAUUAAGCGGAUUCAAUGCUAACAUGGGUUAUGAUUGUAGUAAAAUUAUAGGUUCUUCUACUAGUGGAACUUUGGGUUUUACCACAAAAUUAUCAAUAGGCUCAAUUUUCAAUAACGGAUUUAGAUUUGGAACUUCUUUCACUGGGCAUAAAAGGGUUACAAAAGAUCGAAUGCCAUAUUGUUACAUAGAAUCAAAUGCGAGCGGUCACCUAACAGGAAUGUUUCAGCAUAUAAUUGGCAAAAAAUAUUUUAUUAACUCUACAGGAGAAUAUCAAUCUGGAUAUGGGUUUGGUAAACUCGACUUCGUAAUUGAAUAUGGAGGUGACAAUUUUAACUUAUCGGUAACCAGUGGAUGGUCGACCGAAGGAUUAAGAUCAGUUGUUUUACAAAAUAUGAUGCGGUUAAACGAUAAGUGGUCUUUAGGCACCGAAUUUUUAAUAAAUAACUCUGAUAUGAUACAAAAUUGGUCAAUCAUGAAGAGUGGUUUGAUUCGAUAUGUAGGGUCAAAAAAAAACACUAUAGUUAUAACGGUUGGAAGUGUUGGGUUAUCAGCAUAUUAUCAGAAGACAAUUAACCAAAGACUGUCCACUGGUGUAGAAACAUCGAUCAAUUGGAUCGCAGUGACAGCGCGAACAUCUUGGAUACACCGAAUAGUAUUAGGCGAUUUUGUACUGCGAGGUCUUGUAGACACGGAUUGCAAUGUCAUAACCCAUUGUCAAAAGAAACUUAUGCCUCUUCUUACAGUAGGUUUAAGUGCUAUUAUCAAUCAUCGGACAAAUAAGUUCAGUCUGGGAGUAGAAAUUUACUCAGGAUACCGACAAAGGGAUAGUGUAUAAAAAAAACACUUUGAUUAAACAUCGAGAAAUAUAUAAAAUAUUUGCUGGUAGCUAUAUUUUUAUGAAAAUUGAUUUAUGUUUGAAGCCAAAAUUAAACAACUGACUAAUCAAUAUAUUAAUGAAUAAUACUAUAAAUUAAAAAAAUUAUAAUUAAAUAUAAACAUCUGUCAAUUUUGUUUAUUAAUUUUUAAAGAUAAAUUUGUUCUACCUAAGAUAUUUGACAAAAUAAAAAUAUUACAUUUUUUUUAUUAUUAUGAAAAAUGAUUGGUAUUUUGAUUUAACUAUAAAAAUUUAACUUGUUAGUUGAAAGUAGACAAAUAUUAAGGUACAAAUUAGGGGCGUGUAAACAACUCAUUUUAGGAAGAGUGACUUAUUUUUUCAUUUAGUAAGCAUACUAGAGAAUUUUUUUUUGCUAAAAAGUAAGUGAUGACCAAAAAUAAGAUCUUUCAAUACGCCACUGAUUGAAAUUAUUUAUGAUGUAUUAAUUAAAUAAUACUUAAUUUUAAAAGUACAUUAAAAUUUCUAAAAAUCGUUUAUCUCUGAUUUUCUUUGAAAAUAUGAAAUCUA